UGAGAGAAAGAGAGAGAGAAAAACAUGGUCUCGUCGUUCCGGCCGAUUGCGGAACUGAAAACGACCGAAAGCGAAUUACAACAUCCGGCGCGCAGGACCUGGACGGAGCCGAUGCGGACGACAUUCCUGCGCGUCGUCAUGACGAAUCAUCGUCAGGCGCGAUGGAGGAGGAGGAGGAGGAGAAGCAGGAGCAGGAGAAGAAGACGACAUAACACGGAGCAUUGGCGGUGUCGAAGAAGCGGCGGUGGUAGGGAAACACACCAGCACUUUCCCUUGACGGCUUAGGGACGGCGCACGCAGGGAGAAAGAAGGAGAAAGAACGGGAGAGAGUGAACGAGCUAGCCGGUCUUCCGUCGAGAGUAAAGUGUGUCGAGGUCUUUUCACGGACAGUCGUCUCGUCGUGGUCCCGUCCGUCCGUCCAUCCGUACGUGCGUGCGUGCGAGCAAACGACUGACCGAUUGUACGACUCCGGCCACUUCUUUCCUCGACCAAUUUGUGUCACUUUUCUUUCUUGCCGGGGUGUUGACGUCGUCUCGUGGUCGCCCGCGUAUGCCCUCUUCCACCUCUCCGUCGAUUGUCACUCUCGUUCUCUCUCUCUCUCUCUCUCCCUCUCUCUCUCUCCUUCUCUCACUUUCUGCUUCUUUCUCUCUUCCGCUCUCGACUGACAACACUAUGCAUAAUCCACCGGCGUUCUCGUGAUCGACAAAGCGACGACGACGACGACGCGCGCGGCCGACGACUCUCGCGCUCGGUUCAAAUAGUUGCGGCGUCGCGCCGAGUGCCGCGGGUGUCACAGGUGACGAGCGCGCUGCCGGUGACAAACGCGGGUAUGUCCGUGGUAUAAAGUCCGUGCGCACCUCGACUCCUGUACUUGGUGAAGAUGUCGUCGUUAGUGAUACUGAGCUUGUGCAUAAUAUGGGGCCAAUUUCCCGGCUACAUCUCGUAUACCGAGGAUGUCGUGCAUUACCGCAGUUACCCAUACGGAUACAGAAACUCGUACGUCACGCCGACGAGAGGAUGGUCGCAGUCCUGGAACGCUGGAAUGAGUCGGUCGGACAGGCCGAUAUAUCGCAGGGACACGCAAGCGCGACCCUAUACGCAGCUGAUCCAAGUGGAACAAGAGAGAAGUGAUCCUUUGACGACCAUCAGCGAAACCUUGGGUGCACUGAACACCGUGGGCAACUACAUCGUCAACAUGACGCGGGGCGUCGAGAUCUCGAAUUACCCGCCGAAGGAGCUGCCCUCGGCGUUGUACACCAUCUCCAAGAACAUCUUAGGUCGCAACGUGACGGACAGCAUUGCACCUUUAGUGCGCGGUGUCGCGUUCUCGAAACAGACUACCACGUCCACACCGGUCAAACGGGAAGGGCAACAGUCGCAACAGGUGGAACUCGCAGACAGAGACAAUGAUUCUACUCUGCCCACAUGCUCUACGCCCGAGGGUGAUUCUGGAAAGUGUCAGGACCUCAGUAAUUGCCCGCAACUGUUGCUCGACCUUAACAAACUGAGGCAAUCGUUGUGCUUCAAGAGUCUGUUCGUACCGGGGGUUUGUUGUCCUACGGACAAAAGCAGCAACCCCUUGGCCUCCGUCAACACCGGCGGAAGCGAGACUAAUGGGGGACGUCCACCGCGACCGCAAAUUCGACCCACCAAAGCUCCGAUAUUACGUCCGAUCCCGCUGAUCCCGGCGACAUCAUCCACGACGAGAAGACCCAUUUUGUUCAAUAAUACAAACGGCUUUGAGACGACUGGCGUCAGCAACAACUUUAUCCAAGAAGACGAAGAAUGCGGCUUGGUCAAUUCCGGCAAAUUCCGAGUGGUCGGCGGCGAAGCGUCGCUGCCCGGACGUUGGCCCUGGAUGGCGGCGAUCUUCCUUCGUGGUUUGACCGGGACGGAGUUCUGGUGCGGAGGAACACUGGUUGGACCACGUCACAUCCUCACCGCCGCUCAUUGCACGCGUGAUUCGAGACAUGAUGCCUUCUCCGUUCGCCAAUUCACCGUGCGUCUUGGCGACAUCGACCUGAAGAGAGACGACGAACCCUCAUCGCCAGCGACCUAUCCCGUGAAAGUGAUCCACACGCAUCCUAAUUAUGUGCGGCAAAGUUACUACAACGACAUCGCCGUGUUCGAACUCGGCAAGCCUGUAAGGAAAUCACCGUACGUGAUACCGAUAUGUUUGCCGCAGAAGCAAUACCGCGAAGAAAUGUUCAUCGGCGCCAGGCCAACGGUGGUCGGCUGGGGUGCCACUUAUUACGGUGGGAAGGAAAGCACAAUUCAACGACAGGCGGUCUUGCCAGUGUGGAGGAAUGAGGACUGCAACAGGGUUUACAGCCAGCCGAUCGACAAAAACUAUUUAUGUGCCGGCUAUACCCAAGGCGGCAAGGACGCCUGUCAAGGUGACUCCGGUGGACCGCUGAUGUUGAAACUCGAAAGUCGAUGGACGCAGAUAGGUAUCGUCUCGUUCGGGAACAGAUGCGGCGAGCCCAACUAUCCCGGCGUGUACACGCGCGUCACGGAGUACAUCAAUUGGAUCGACUAUUUGAUAAAAAAUUAGUGACAGGCGGUAGAAUCGUGCAUACAGCGGGAUCGUGAUGUGAUGUGUUCGUGACCCCUGAGCAGUGUUGAUAUGAUAGGCAGUUCACGUAUGCAUGGCGAUCAAGAAAGUACCGAAAACAAAUAGAAUCACUCUCUUAAGGGAGUUCUAUUAUGCAACAUUUUUUUUUUUAUUUUAUAGAAAAUGUAAUAUAUAUUUUUUUUUUAUAAGACGGAAUAGAUAUUCAUAAAUAUUUAUUUAUUUGACUAGUUACUGAUAAUCGAAGUUAUUAUUAUUUUAACAUAUCAAACAUAUUAAAGUAAGAUAUACUUUAUAUAUAAUAUACGAAGUGUCCUAGAUUCGUCUACACACAAUUUUUUUUUAUUUAUAUAAAAUGUAAUAUAUAUUUUUAUAAGAUGGAAUAGAUAUUCACAGAUAUUUAUUUAUUUGACUAAUUAUUGAUAAUCGAAUUUAUUGUUAUUAUUUUAAUAUAUUAAACAUAAAGUAUAAGAUAUACUUUAUAUAUAACAUAUAAAGUGUCCUAGAUUCGUUUACGCAAUAUUUGUGGGAAUAUAGAACGGAUCGAGGUGAAUAUAAAAGUCCCAUAUCGUUUCGUAAUAUUCGCAAUACAUCUGGAGAUAUUAAUUAAUAUCUUGAGAUUUAUUACGAAUAUAUCGUAAAACGGUAUGGGAGUAUUAUGUUGACCUCAAUCCGUUCUACGAACGUUGCAGAAACGAAUCUAGGACACUUUGUAUAUAAUAUGUAUAUAUAUAUAUAUAUAUAUGUGUGUGUGUGUAUUAUAUACAUAUAAAUAUAUAUUUUUUUAAUAUAACUAUACUUACUUAUACUUGGAUAUACUUGAUUGACUUACC